AUAUGUGUAUAUGUAUAUUUGUGUGUAUAUUUGUGUGAAAAUAAGUGAAAAUGUCCAGAUUGGGCCCAUUUUGCCAUUUUCCCUCCCUGGUGUCAUGUUGUUGUCAUGACUUGUUAGUGUUACAAGGUCUCAGGUGUGAAUGGGGAGCAGGUGUGUUAAAUUUGGUGUCAUCGCUCUCACACUCCCUCAUCCUGGUCUCACUCCCUCAUCCUGGUCAUGGCAAAGAACUCUCUGAGGAUCUGAAAAAAAGAAUGGUUGCUCUACAUAAAGAUGGCCUAGGCCAGUGGUUUUCAAAGUGGGGGCUGCCAGGGGGCGCCCGGGGGGGCCUCAACAAUUUGGUGUGAAAAAAAAAUUCUCACUCUCAGACAACCACUCAGACACAAUCAAUUCCUAAUGUAAUGUAAUGUGAAGAUGUAAGAUGUAAUUAUUAAUAAAAAAAGGGGGAUAUAUUCAGAAGUCUGUAUUUUUAAUGUGUUUUAAAGACAUCUUUCAAAAGGGGGGCCUUGGUCAAAUGUUAAUGCCAUUUGGGGGGCCUUUCCCUGGAAAAGUUUGGGAACCCCUGGCCUAGGCUAUAAGAAGUUUGCCAAGACCCUGACAUUGAGCUGCAGCACGGUGGCCAAGACCGUACAGCGGUUUAACAGGACAGGUUCCACUCAGAACAGGCGUCGCCAUGGUUGACCAAAGAAUUUGAGUGCACAUGCUCAGCGUCAUAUCCAGAGGUUGUCUUUGGGAAAUAGAUGUAUGAGUGCUGCCAGCAUUGCUGCAGAGGUUGAAGGGGUGGGGUGUCAGCCUGUCAGUGCUCAGACCAUACGCCGCACACUGCAUCAAAUUGGUCUGUAUGGCUGUCGUCCCAGAAGGAAGCCUCUUCUAAAGAUGAUGAACAAGAAAGCCCACAAACAAUUUGCUGAAGACAAGCAGACUAAGGGCAUGGAUUACUGGAACCAUGUCCUGUGGUCUGAUGAGACCAAGAUAAACUUAUUUGGUUCAGAUGGUGUCAAGCGUGUGGGGUGGCAACCAGGUGAGGAGUACAAAGACAAGUGUGUCUUGCCUACAGUCAAGCAUGGUGGUGGGAGUGUCAUGGUCUAGGGCUGCAUGAGUGCUGCCAGCACUGGGGAGCUACAGUUCAUUGAGGGAACCAUGAAUGCCAACAUGUACUGUGACAUACUGAAGCAGAGCAUGAUCAGUGUGCAGUAUUCCAGCAUGAUAACAACCCCAAACACACCUCUAAGACAACCACUGCCUUGCUAAAGAAGCCGAGGGUGAAGGUGAUGGACUGGCCAAGCAUGUCUCCAGACCUAAACCUAUUGAGCAUCUGUGGGGCAUCCUUGUGCAAGGUGGUGGAGCACAAGGUCUCUAACAUCCACCAGCUCCAUGAUGUCGUCAUGGAGGACUGGAAGAGGACUCCAGUGGCAACCUGUGAAGCUCUGGUGAACUCCAUGCCCAAGUGGGUUAAGGCAGUGCUGGAAAAUAAUGGUGGCCACACAAAAUAUUGACACUUUGGGCCCAAUUUGGACAUUUUCACUUAGGGGUGUACUCACUUUUGUUGCCAGCGGUUUAGACAUUAAUGGCUGUGUGUUGAGUUAUUUUGAGGGGACAGCAAAUUUACACUGUUACACAAGCUGUACACUCACUAUUUUACAUUGUAGCAAAGUGUCAUUUCUUCAGUGUUGUCACAUGAAAAGAUAUAAUCAAAUAUUUACAAAAAUGUGAGGGGCGUACUCACUUUUGUGAGAUACUGUAUAUAUAUGUAUAUAUGUGUAUAUGUAUAUAUAUAAUGUGUGUAUAUAUAUGUAUGUAUGUAUAUAUGUGUGUGUGUGUGUGUGCAUAUAUGUAUGUAUAUGUUGAGUAUCCACAUACUCAGCAAAAAAAAAUAAACGUCCCUUUUUUAGGAGACUGUACUUUAAAGAUAAUUUUGCAAAAUCCAAAUUAGCUUUACAGAUCUUUAUCAGAAAGGUCUUUAUUGAAAAUUAUGUUUUUCAUGCCUGUUCAGUGAACCAUAAACAAUUAUUGCACAUGCACUUGUGCAACAGUCCUUAAGGCACUAACAGUUUACAAUCAGUAGGCGAUUAAGGUCACAGUUACAAUAACUUAGGAGACUAAUUAGACCUAUCUACUGACUCUGAAAAACACCAGAAGAUUAGAAUGCCUGCUCACCUGCGUGAACAUGCCUUAGGCCUGCUGCAGAGAGGCAUGAGGAAUGUAGAUGUGGCCAGAGCAAUAACCUGCAAUGUCUGUAAUGUAAGAUGCCCAAGACAGUGCUACAGGGAGACAGGAAGGACAGCUGAUCGUCCUUGCAGUGGCAAACCACAUGUAACCAUUUGUCCCCCCAGACGUGAUCAAGAACUUGCAGAUGCCUUGGUGGAAGAGUGGAGUAGCAUCUCACAGCAAGAACUGACAAAUCUGGUGCAGUCCAAGAGGAUGAGAUCCACUGUAGUACUUAAAGGAGCUGGUGAACACACCAGAUACUGACUGUUACUUUUGAUAUUGCGGCCCCCCCCUUGCUCAUGGACUCAUUAUUCCAUUUCUGUUUGUCAAAUGUCUGUGAAACCUGUUCAGUUUAUGUCUCAGUUGUUUAAUGUUUUUAUGUUAAUACAAAUAUUUACACAUGUUAAGACUUUUGCUGUAAAUAAAAGUAGGUGUAUGUGAGAGGACAUUUAUUUUUUUUUUUGCUGAGUAUAUAUAUAUAUGGAUUUGGAUGGAUAUAUGGAUAAUUUAUGGAUAUGGAUGGAGUUAUACAGAAUUCAACAUUCUGUUCACGAUUACUGAAAAAUGCCUUUCAAUUUCAUUUUGUGAAUUCCCAAGUCAAACCACCGAAUGACAAAACAUAAGGCCAAGGAAAAAGUCAGUACGUUUGGACUUUCCAAACCAAUCAGCCAAGGUGUAUAAAGCAUCAGAUCAGUUGUGUUAAGACUUCCUGAGAUGAACAGUGAAUACGAAACUCCACAAAGCACACAGGAACUGAACAGGGCUGCAGAAAACAGCUGCAAAGUUUAUGGUGUUCUAAAUGCCUGAGCAGUGACAACUUCCCACAAAAGAGCUUUUAAAAAGUUUGCCAAUGUUGGAAAAACAUGUACAACUGUGCCAUUGUGGUGUUUAUGAAAGUAAUCCAGUUGCAAUAGACAUAAACUCGACUAAGUCAGCAGAUUACUUGAGGUUGUGUGUAGUUCCUUGUUUAAGCUAUAGCUUGAGACUACCCAGGCCUCACGGAACAGAUACACACUGUGGUUGCUCUUCCUGUUCACGAAGACUGACAUCAUAUCAACAGAACGCGGAAGUCCCAGUUCCCCUACCUCUCGCCCAUCUCAAACAAAUAUAAAAGUUUAAGUACAGCCAACGUGGGCCAAGUCAAGGCACUACCCUAGGGUCGAAUUGUGUUCUCACAGUGACGAGAGAUGAGCAAGGGGAAGGCUAAAGGGCAGGAGAACAUGCCCAGCUCCCUCCUCAGCAUCCAGGAGAAUGAGCGUCUGGUGGACCUGCUGGGCCGGAGAUGUGUGAGUCUGGCCACUGCUGUUGUACAGCUCUAUAUGGCCCUUCCCCACAGUCCAGCCCACUGGAGUCUACAGCAUACCGGAGUAGCGUGUUUUGUCAAGGACAACCCACGCCGUUCAUACUUCAUCCGCCUUUAUGAUAUAAAGGAGGGGAAAAUGAUAUGGGAGCAAGAGUUAUAUAAUCAGAUGACUUACUCCAGUCCAAAGCAGUUUUUUCUCAGUUUCCCAGCAGAUGACUGCCAAGUGGGUCUAAACUUUGCAAGUGAGCAGGAAUCGGACCUGUUCAGAAACUCAUUAGAGGAAAAGAUCAACCAGAGAGCCAAUCGCCAAGAAAAAAGACAGAGUUCUCCGACUGAAGAAAAACGAGCGCUACCACCCACACCCCCAUCAAAUGGUCCACUGAUGCUGCCAGGUGGUAUGGCCACAAUAGAUAUCCCAAACCCAGACAUUUUGGCCUCUCGGUAUCGAUCUUCUAGUGUCCCUGUGCCUGCGCCUGCUUCCUUCUGCAAAGGAAAGAAAGACAAGAAGGGCAAGAAGAAGGGACCUCGACUUACCAAGGCAGAUAUCGGAGCACCCAGUGGUUUUAAGCAUGUCACACAUGUAGGAUGGGAUCCAAACACUGGUUUUGAUACCAAUAAUCUGGACCCAGAUCUGAAAAAACUGUUUUCUUGUGCUGGUAUCAGUGAAGACCAGCUGACAGACAAAGAGACAUCCAAACUUAUCUACGAUUUCAUCGAGCAGUCUGGUGGCCUGGAUGCUGUCAAAGAGGAGAUGAGGAAGCAGGAUGCAAUGGUUCCUCCAUCUCGGAGUAUACCCCGAGUCCCAAGUGGUGCACCUGCAGCCCCUCCACCUCGUGGGGACCGGAACCUUCCUCCCGUCCCUGGCCAACCUCCACCAGCUACUUCCCGUAAUCAGAGAGCUCCACUUCGUGGACCUGUUCCACCACCUCCUCCAACUGGAAGAACUGGACCUCCACCUCCUCCACCUCCCUCUGGUGGUUACUCAGCUCCCCCACCACCUCCCCCCAGUUCUUCUAUGGGUGGAGGAGGAGCACCUCCACCUCCUCCUCCCCCUCCACCUCCUCCACCUCCUGCUCCUGUCAUUAGUUCCAACAGCAGCAGCCCGGUCAGUCCUUCUCCAACUUCAGGAAGUGGCAGAGGAGCUUUAUUGGACCAGAUACGACUGGGCACCAAGCUAAAGACUGUUACAGACAGUCCUGAUCCUCAUCCUUCAUCACAAGAUCAGGGUGGUGAGGGCAUCGUUGGAGCUCUGAUGAUGGUGAUGCAGAAAAGAAGCAAAGUCAUUCAUUCCUCAGGUGAUGAAGAAGAUGAUGGAGGUGAGGAUGAAGAUGAUGAUGAAUGGGAUGACUAAUGCCAAUAUCCAUCUCUGGUAAACAGUACACACCCUUGUGUACACACACACACAGUUGUUAAAUCUGAAAAAAAUAUGUCGGUGUCUCAGUAACUGUACCUCAGUUCGUUAUCACCUUAAAAAUUAUAUCUAACAUGAAUUUAUACAAACUGUCAUGUAAAACUUGUAAAACUGUGUAAUGUAAAACAGUAUAAAACUGUUAAAACCAGUAAUAGCAAUUUACAUUUUGUUUGUCAAAUAAUACAAGUGUCUAAACUGUACAAUAUUUAGACAUUACAAAAUGCAGUUUACAUGUAAAUUGUUAUUUGGUCAAUCCUUUUUCUAACAGAAUUUGCAAUCUGUUUUUUUUUUUGUUGUUGCCAUUUUGUGAGGUGGAGGAAGAUGUCACAGACCACUAGCAACCCGAAUGAUUCUUUUAAGGGUUUAGGUGAUAACAAAUAGUAGUAUUAUUAAAACUGAAUAAAGCAAACUCAUUAUGCAA